ACAGAAACUGUGGCAGACAAACCUGUAAGACUGCUGUCCUGAAAAAAGAAACAAUGAAGUUGUUGGUUCUGACUUUAACCCUCGCCCUGCUGUUUACAGCUGGUUGGGCUCUGCGCUGUCAUCGCUGUGUCCCAAAACAGGCCGGAGGUUCCUGCCAGCGCACAGAAGAGACCUGUAGACCAGAUAAGGAUGCCUGUGUUGCGGCCAAGUUCCUACGACAACCAUUUGGCCGAUUUCAGAGGUGCAUCGCCCUCAGAGACUGCAAAAUGCUUCAGAUGAAUGCCUACAUAGAUAUAAAUUGCUGCACCGAAGAUAUGUGCAACACCUUUCAAAACGUAAAAUAAAGAAAGGUGGCCAUCUAAACAUUGUGGAAAAAAACAUACACUGUGACUGAUAA